ACCAUGGUGGAAGAACUUAACAAGCUACCAGUACCCAUUAGAAUGACGGCCAAUAUUAGCUCUGAGAGGGUUCAAUACCUUGAUGUCGAACUAUCUGUUGGUACAAACAAAAUAGAGUAUAGCUUGUUCACGAAGGCCACUGAUCGUAAUACACUAUUACACGCGCACAGUGCUCACCCUCAAGCAUUAAAAAAAUCCCUUCCAAAGGCCCAAUAUCUAAGUGUGAUGAGAAACAGUUCUGACGAUAACACCAAAGAAAGACAAUUGGUAGAAAUGAAGGAAAGAUUUUUAGAAUGUGGGUACCAGCACUCCACCCUUGAUAAAGCAUUAGAGGAAGCUAGGACACCUCGA